AGUGACCUUAAAUCCCCCUCCCCAAAAUGGCCCUCCUGUUAUCAUUUGUAAUACCACAUGUACAAAUUUCAUUUCCAGGAAUCGUAUGUUCGGGUCGGAAGCCUGCGCAAAAAGAAAAGAAAACAGCGCCCAAAACAAAGCGGAGUGAAGUUAGCAUGGGGUUUAGUGGUGGGAGAAAGGAGAUAUGGCGGUGCGUGGAAAACUGCGGCGCGUGCUGUAAGUUGGCCAAAGGACCUGCAUUCGCCACGCCUGAAGAAAUCUUUAGCGACCCCUGUGACAUCGAGCUUUACAGAAGCUUAAUAGGUCCCGACGGAUGGUGCAUUCACUACGAGAAAAGCACACGCACUUGCUCCGUUUACUCUGAUCGUCCAUAUUUUUGCCGGGUGGAACCUGAUGUAUUCAACAAGUUGUACGGAAUUGAGAAUAGAAAGUUUAACAAGGAAGCUUGCAGUUGCUGUCGGGACACCAUCAAGGCAGUGUAUGGGCCGCAUUCCCAGGAAUUGAACUACUUCAACCGUUCCAUUAAGGAUUCCUCCUCCUCAAAAUGAUCUCAACCUGUGCUCUUCAUCUUUGUUUCUUCCCCCAAUUCUUUUAACC